UGCCAACUCCCAUCAAAACAACCUCGGGGGGGAGUGUGUAUGUGUAUGUGUGUGUUUAAGGCUUCGAAACUUUUUGUUGUUUUUCUUGCAACACACGCAAACACUUACCGCAAAGAAAGCGGAGUUUGGGGAAGGCGAACCUCAGAGGCGGUAGUGAGGCGAGGAAAGGAGUGAGUGUGAGCGAGGGAGGACGGACGGACGGACUCCACCGCCCUCGGAAGCCGAGCCUUGCGCUUGGAAAGGCGGCCGCCUACUUCAGGCUGAGUCCCUGCGCGGCGGGCCGCCUUGAAACCGAGCCUGACGAUGCUUGUUAGUUUCGUGCUUCGAAACUGACGAGGAAAAGGUUUCCAUGUUGAGAUCGAGCUCCUGAACCCCCCCUCCCCUCUCUCUCUCUCUCUCUUUCCUUUCCCCCCCUCCCCUCCUCCAUUGAAAAAAAAAGCACCUUUCUUUAAAGAAAACGGAGGGAAGGGGGGAAAGGGGAAGGGAAGAGAGGGAAAAAAAUUCGUAUUUCCAAAAAAAAGACUGAUGGACAAUAUGUCUAUAAUCACACAAGUCAGCAAAGAGGAGCUAAGAACGCCGCUGCGAGAGAAAGGUCGCCUGUCCAUCUCCAGCAAGAAACUGCGGCAGCGCGGUAUCCUCCGCACGAUCUUCUGCUGCCUCGCACACGGUGAGGAUGACGGUGAGCAGGCCCUCAGCAACAGAAACAACACAUCACAGCUACCCGGGAGCAAGAACAGCACCACCCAGACUCCCGUCAACCACCACCUUCUGCCAGAAGUGAAGGUUCAGGACAGUGGGAAGAAAUGUGUUGUGAUCGACCUCGAUGAGACUUUAGUUCACAGUUCGUUUAAGCCAGUCAGCAACGCAGACUUCAUCAUCCCCGUGGAGAUCGAUGGCAACGUACAUCAGGUGAGAGUCUGUGACGUUACGGGAUGGGAGAAACGGCAAGAUGGGCUCUCGCUCCUGGCGCAGGUGUAUGUUUUGAAGAGGCCCCACGUGGAUGAGUUUUUGAGGAGAAUGGGUGAGCUCUUUGAGUGUGUGCUGUUCACAGCAAGCCUCUCCAAGUAUGCAGAUCCUGUUGCCGACCUGCUGGACAAGUGGGGAGCGUUCAGGGCCCGACUCUUCCGCGAAUCCUGUGUCUUCCAUCAAGGAAAUUAUGUCAAGGACCUGAGCCGGUUAGGGCGGGACUUAAACAAUCUGGUCAUCGUCGAUAACUCUCCGGCUUCCUACGUCUUCCACCCUAACAAUGCUGUGCCCAUUGCCUCGUGGUUUGAUGAUAUGUCUGACACUGAAUUGCUGGACCUCAUCCCUUUCUUCGAGAGACUGUCGAAGGAAGAGGAUGUUUUCAAGUUGCUGCAGGAGCACCAGUCGAGGUAGCACUGAGAGACGCCCUGAAUGGACCGUGUCCUGGAGUUGGACAAAUCUCGAUCUUCCUGCUCCUUCACCAACACACUCCCUCCCCACCCCACCCACGCUGAGGAGGGGCUGGGGAGCAACUCCACUCUGGGUGAAGCCAUGCCUCCUCUCACCCUGCGUGCCUUUUCUUCGUGGAGAGGGAGAGCAGUGAACAAUGAGGGCUGUUCACCUUACUGCAGUGCUGGGGGGGGAGGGGUGUGCAAGUGACAUGCACGCACAGACAGUCUCUCUUUUUCUCUCUCUCUCUUCGCUCUUUCUCUCUCUCUCUCUCACGGUCUCUCUCUCUCUCUCACGCUCUCUCUCUCUCUCUCUCUCACGCUCUCUCUCUCUCUCUCACGCUCUCU